AUGCCGUCUGGGGUUAUUUAUCUCUUUCAGGGAAAGUUCAAACUGAACCGAUUGUUGGGCAAGGGUGGUUUUGGUGAGGUCUACGCCGGUGUGCAAGUCUCAACUGGGGAAGCGGUGGCAGUGAAACUUGAGCGAACUAAUAAGGCUCGUUGCUUUCUCUUCCAUGAAGCUCGUGUAAUGCAAGAUCUUCAGAACUCUAUGCCAAACCGAAUCGCUCCUGGAAUUCCUGAGCUAAAGUAUUUUGGUCAGGAAGGGGACUUUAGAAUUCUUAUUAUGUCUAUUCAUGGCCCUUCUUUGGAAGAUAUGCAUGCCAAUCUCGGACGUUUUUCCCUCAAAACGACAGUGAUGCUUGCUAAUGAGAUGAUAUCACGACUGGAGUUUAUUCAUUCCAAUGGAUAUAUACAUCGUGACCUAAAGCCAGAUAAUUUUCUUCUGGGUAUUGGUAGGCUCUCGCGUCAUAUUUACUUGAUUGACUUUGGCCUCAGUGUUCGAUAUCGCUCCUUCGACGGAACUCAUCGAGAGUCAGCAACAGGUAAGAGUUUUGUUGGUACAUCACGUUACGCAUCUCUGCGUACGCAUCAAGGAUUUUCGCAGAGUCGUCGCGAUGAUUUGGAGCAACUGACGUAUAUCCUAAUAUAUCUUCAUCGAGGACAUUUACCUUGGUCAGGUCUACAAAUCAAAGAUCGUGAAGAGAAAGAGAAGGCCAUUGGAGAAAUUAAACAAAAGUUGACAAGUACCCAAAUAUGUUCAAAGUGUCCUCGUCAGUUUGAAGACCUUCUAAUAUACGCUCGUAAAAUGGAAUAUACAGAGGGACCACAAUAUGAGAUGUGCCGAAUUCUUAUGUCAUCUGUUCUUGGUACAAUUGGGCCAAAUGUAAAAAAUGAUUACCAGUAUGACUGGGUAAAUUUAAAGAAAAAGGAUGCUACUUCACAACAUGCUGAUCUGGAAUCUACUUCAGUUGGAAAUAAAACAAAUACGAAAAAAAUUAAUGAGAACAGGGAAACCAAUGUACUGUUAAGUAAUGGGAGGGUUCAAUGCAUUUUGUCUGGUUUUGCCAAUGGGAUACCUCAAGAUGUACAAUUUUUGAAUAGACAACAAUGUUAA